UGCUAAGCUCUGGUCACACUGCUCAUCCAGGUUCCACGUCAAGCGCCGGAAAAAAACACGACUUGCAUUUAAUAAAUUUAUCUGGCGACCGAACGAAAGGAUUUCGAGCAAGAUGGUGAGCCUGCUGCAGGAAAUCGACACCGAGCACGAGGACAUGGUCCACCACGCCGCGCUGGACUUCUACGGCCUGCUCCUAGCCACCUGCUCAUCGGACGGUAGCGUCCGCAUCUUUCACUCGCGCAAGAACAACAAGGCACUUGCGGAGUUGAAAGGACACCAAGGACCCGUGUGGCAGGUUGCAUGGGCCCACCCAAAGUUUGGAAACAUCCUGGCUUCGUGCUCCUACGACCGCAAGGUGAUUGUCUGGAAAUCCACAACGCCCCGGGACUGGACUAAGCUGUACGAAUACAGCAACCACGACUCGUCGGUGAACUCGGUGGAUUUCGCCCCAUCGGAAUACGGAUUGGUGUUGGCCUGCGCCAGUUCGGAUGGGUCCAUUUCGGUGCUGACCUGCAACACGGAGUACGGCGUUUGGGAUGCCAAGAAGAUACCGAAUGCCCACACCAUCGGAGUGAACGCUAUAUCCUGGUGUCCGGCCCAAGCUCCGGAUCCGGCCUUUGACCAGCGGGUUACUUCGCGUUCAACGGCCAUCAAGCGUCUGGUGAGCGGAGGAUGUGACAAUCUGGUUAAGGUCUGGCGCGAGGACAACGACCGCUGGGUGGAGGAGCACCGCUUGGAGGCGCACUCCGAUUGGGUGCGCGAUGUGGCCUGGGCGCCGUCGAUCGGCCUGCCACGAUCGCAGAUUGCCACAGCUUCGCAGGAUCGGCAUGUUAUCGUGUGGAGCAGCAACUCCGAUUUGACUCAGUGGACCCCGAGUGUUCUGCACACAUUCGACGAUGCCGUGUGGAGUAUCUCGUGGUCGACCACCGGUAACAUUCUGGCUGUCACUGGCGGGGAUAACAAUGUCACGCUGUGGAAGGAGAACACCGAGGGCCAGUGGAUUCGCAUCAACUACGAGUCGGGCACCGCCAUCCAGUCCAAGCAGCCGCACCAUCCCCAUUCCCACUCUCAACAGCAACAGGCGCCGCAGCAGCAUCAGCAACAGGGGCCCUCGCAUCCUGGUCCAUCCUCGGACUCGGAGCACAGCUCUAACCUGUCCAACUCGCAGCUCUCAAACUGAGCAAUCCCUGAAAAAUCGUGCUGAGUCGUGGUCAAAAUGUUAUCUUACAAUUAUUAAUACAAAAUACAAUUUAGUGUUCCCCAUCUAAA